AUGGCACCCUACAUGGUCUCCUGUCCCGCUGAGCUCGAGCUGCAAAUCGGCAUCUGCCUCGACACGGUCGCUCGUGACGGAGCGGUAUUGCCUUGCAACGCAGACGACUGGUGGUGCAACUGCAACAAUUGGCAAGGUGUGAUCGCGUGCUAUCAGCCGUGUCCCGACAUGCAGGAUCAGCUCGAUGUCGAGUGGAAUCAGCAAAAUUGCCAGGGUCAGCACGGCUUCGCCAACCUCUUCGGAGGUAACUCGUCAGGCACGUAUCUCGGCUCCAACAUUGUAACAACAGGAUCCAACGGCGCCACAAGAGCGUACUAUAGCGCGAUGCCAGUGAGCAGCUCAGCCACGGCAAGCGCCUGGACGUGGACACCGACUGCAACCGGCUCGAGCCAACAGCGCUCCUCGUCUUCGGCGGCGCGGCACUUUUCUAUUCCGGCAGGCCUUCUUGCAUCCUCGCUCGCUCUCGCUGCAGCUUCCGGCUUGCUCAUCCUCUGA